AUGGCUCACGCGCAAUUGUCACCUGUCUCUGCGACGAACCAAAGUCCAGGCAGUGAACCGACCCUCAAGAAUAAUUCUGUCUGCAGAGAACAUGAUCGCCGCGCUCAUUUUCCUUUCUGGGAUGAGUGCGGCCUCACCGCACUCAUUCCAAUAAGGAAUGCGAUCAGAGGCCAAAAAACUGAGAUGCGUUCACAGUUGCAGAGACAAAGCAAGAAUGUCAAGAAAUGGAGUGCUUGGAAGCAAGUCAUGAGCAAGAGACAGGGCAAGAGACCGCGCAUGAAGAAGAGACCUCGCAGCUUAGAGGACCUCUUCACUCAGACAUGCGAGGCGUGCUAUGAGUAUUUCGACACGACGCAAGGCCUCACUGCCCACCAAUCGACAAGCCGCAAGUGCGCGUGGUAUAAGAAGGGGAAACUACGCCAAAUAUUCAAUGAAUCUGACGACUCUAGCAGUGAGGAUGAGGUGCGCCGCGUAGAACGCAAAAAAAAGGAUGUGCAACAGUAA